AUGGCGCAAGCAACGGAUAAAGUGAGAGGAAUAAAAUGGAGCAAUGGAAUACAUCUAGAAGACUUAGAUUUUGCAGAUGACCUUUGCCUUCUGUCCCACAGCCUCAACGACAUGAAAGAGAACCUAGAAGAUCUGAAAUCUGCGGCGGAGAAAGUCGGUUUGAAAAUUGAUGACCAAAAAACAAAAGACAAGCGGACAAAUGAUUACAACAUUGCAGAGCUUAAGCGUGGGAGCCAGGUAAUCGAAACGGUGGAUAAGUUUUGCUGCCUUGGAAGCAUGAUUGCAUCACAUGGUGGUGCAACAGAGGACAUUAACAGCGGCAUCAACGAAGCUAAAGGCGCUUUUACAACUCUCCGCUCUAUCUGGCGAACGAAGGAAAUAACAUUUAGGACCAAUCUGCGGAUAUUUGAAAGUAACGUAAAAUCUGUGCUUCUACGUGGAUGUGAAAUGUGGGAAGUGACAAAGCAGCUGGUCCAUAAGCCGCAGACAUUCAACAACGGAUGUCUGAGGAACAUCCAGGGGAUACGGUGGCCAAAUGUCAUCUCGCAUGAAACACUCAAGGAAGGAACCAGCCAGAAGCCAAUUGAGCUGCAAAUAAGAAGCAGGAAGUGGUGA